AUGGCUUUAAAAGAGAGUAACUACCUACUCACAAUUGAAAAAAAAAGAAAAAAGUUACAAAACAAAAAGAGUAAAAAGAACAAAGGUAAAAUAAUAAAAAAAAAGGGACCUCUAGGAAAAAACAAAAAAGAAAAAAAAAAAUUAGAUGAAUUAUAUUCAUUAGAAAUUAAAAAUUUGGGAAAACGCAAAAAUGAAGAAUGUGAUAAUGAUGGUAAAGCAUCAGAUAAUUCGGACUUUCUGAAUAACGAUUAUGAUGAUAUAAAAGAAAUAACAAAACAGGUAAAAGAGCAGGUUAAUUUACAUAAAUUAUUAUUAAGAACAAGAAUUUUAAUACAGAAAGUGCUAUCUUUAUCUAAUAAACUUCCUUUGCUGCCGUUCGUUUCGUAUAACGAACAAAUUUUAAAUAAUAGAGAAGAUAAAAAUGAUGAUGAUGAUGAUGAUGAUAAUAAUUUACACCAACAUAAUAAAAAUUUACUAAGAGAAAUACAGUUAAAUGAACAUAAAUUAAAAGACGACAUUGGUGAACUAUUAACCAUAUUACAUAACUCUUUAAAAAAGUAUUUUAUAAAAUUAAAUAUUCCAAUUAAUGAAAAGGCAUAUAAUGAAAUAAACAUAAUUUGCGAUGAAGAGGAUAAACCAUUUUAUGAAAAUAGGACAAAGAUAUAUGAAGAAAAUACAACAGAGAGUGAAAAGAAACUUUUUUCUCUAAUUGAUACAUGGUUUACAUAUUCUAAAAAAAUGUGUUUAAAUUUUUUUGAUAUUAUGCAUAAAAUAACAAAAAUUAGUUCAGUUAAAAGUCUAAAAACAUAUGAACAACCUAUAUCUUCUCAAAUUAAUCAAGUUAUGUUUGAUUUCCCCUCUAUAAUUGAAAGUUCAUAUCCUCAAUCUGUUAAUCAUAAUAUUAUAGGAAAAAAAUUGUAUGAACUAUUAUAUGCAGACACAGAAAAUUUUUAUCUGAACAAAUAUAUUUACGACGAUGAGGUUUACUAUAAAAAGUUUUUACUGAACGCUAUCCAAAAUUUGAAGGAUAAUCAACAGGACAACGAACUACUAAAAUCACAGAAGGAACUUUACAAAAUAAAAAAAAUAUAUAAUAACAAAAAUGUAAGAGGAUUAGUCACACCUUUUGAACCUAUACCCAAAUUAGUUAAUUUUAUGUUGCCGGAACCAUCGGAUAGUAAGAGUGAAAACCCAUAUGAUUAUAUGGAUAAUCCUGAACUUGUUAAUGUUCUUCUGUCAUCUUUGUUUCAAGAUUAA